CUCAUUUGAAUUAAAGUCAGUUUUCACUUUUCAGUUUUGAGUUCUGAUCUGAAUUUCUAAACUCUGAAAUAUAUUUUUACAGUUUCAGUGACGGUACAGACUAGUUUGUUUUAAACUCUUAACGUCCGAAAUUUUGACUGUAUUCUGUAGAAAGAACGCCCAAAAAUGUUGUGUUGAGUCAUUCAUACGUCGUUGUUAACUGACGCGAAUAGCAGACGUUUCUAACAUGCCCGAAGCUUCUCCUCGUCGUCCAUUAGAUAACUCGCCCAAUUCCAAAGGCGAUGGCUUCCCGUUGGGUAAGAAGACCAAAACGGACGAAGAGCCAUCCCGUAUGUCGUUUGAUUCGGAUGGCGACGCCAGUGCCUCCCUGCUAGCACAUCCCGCAGGUGCAGCAGCAGCGUUGCACAGUGUGGAGAAUGCAGAGAACCAGGCGCCUGCCAGCAACGGUGUCGCAUCCCCACUGCUGCAGACAAUCCAGGAUCAUGACGUAUCCACUGUAGAAUUGGUCGCGAAAGAAGAACAGAGUGCCUAUUUCCCAUCGGGUAUGGAAGCGAUCCCUCCUCUCGACACGGCGGGGGAAACUGAGCCUGAACACAGUACCGAGGCGAUGGCGAAGCUCUCUAGUCAAGCACCACCCGCGCAUGUUGAUCUGUCGGAGUUGAUGGAUGAGAAUUUAUCCAUGAACUCCCCGAAACCCCUGCAGACCGCCCAAGAACCGGCGGAACCCCGGCCGGAUCUCGCGCAGGAGCCCGUUGCGGUGUUCAUUAGAAACGAUUGGGAGGAGCUGCCUGAGGCUAAAAAGAAAUUCGUAUACUGGAUGUUCUUUUGCAAUAACGUCACAUGGGCCGAGGCGAAGUUUUCCCCGCGAAAGUUCUCGCUGUAUUUUACCUGCAGCGAUGAAGAGUUUUUGGCAAAGCAACAGCAGAAGAAUCCCCACCGAAGGAUUGAUAAGAAUACCGUUUUUUGUUAUGAAUCGGGAGCGCUGUGGGAUCGAGUUAUUCCGGAGAAGUGCAGCAUGACACUGAAUCCUGCACGGAAGGGCAUCGAAAUUCAGCUGGUAAAAGCCAAGGAAGCAUUUUGGGUGUCUAUUUACGGAAAAUCGGUUUCCCAGCAGGACGAUGAGGAUGAUUUGCAUUGCAUGGAAGAAGGACUGCCUGCAUCGCCCACCUUCUCGCCCCCCUCCCAGACCGCCCACGAUCCCGAUUCCGUCGUGCAUCCGGUAGCGAUCCCGCAUGAUUCCGACGACGAGGAGGAUCUGUUCGGUCCACGUGAUUCGGCUCCCGUUGGGCCGCGCUGCUCCACGCCGGACUCGCAGUACAGCAGUCCAUCGUAUCCCUGUCAGCCGUUGCAACGCUGGCCGUAUGCCGGUGAUGUCAGCCUCAAUGUCCCUCUGCAACCGUCGAUAGUGCCGGCGCACCUCCGCAUGCAUUAUGGCCUGACGGGACUGAAUAAUCUUGGCAAUUCCUGCUACCUCGGCGCGGUGGUGCAGUGUCUGGCUAAUACAAAGGAGCUGCGCGAUUAUUUUCUGCGAGGUUAUUAUAAAAAGGAGAUCAACCGGAAGAAUCCGCUGGGCAGUGAGGGACGCUUUGCUUCGGUGAUGGAAGAAACGCUGCGGAACAUUUGGAGCGGCAAUCGUUCUAGCUAUUCCCCACACCGACUGCGGGAUGUGAUGGCGCGAUCGAAUGAGCAGUUUAGCGGCUAUGGUCAGCAGGAUGCACAAGAGGCUAUGGCGAUGAUAAUCGACAGCCUUCAUGAGGUGGGUGGCGCCAAAUGUUCGAUCUUAAACCGAGUGUACGUGAAGCCCUAUCUGAACGAAAUCAAUUCGGAUAAUCGUCCUGAUGAGGAAGUGGCCAAGCAGACGUGGGAGUAUCAUUUGAGUCGUGAUAACUCUGCCAUUCAUGAUCUCUUUUCCGGGAUGUUUAAGUCCACACUCGAGUGUCCAGAAUGUGAAAAAAAAAAUAUCAAGUUCGAUCUAUACCAAUGCAUCUCGGUGCCUGUACCAAAAAUCGGUGUGAUUAUUGACUGCCUUUUCUUUCCACGAGAGUCAGGGAAAACGGAUGCCGAUCAAAAGAUAUUAGCGUUCCGCAUUAAUGUCAACCGAGAACAUUCCAUCUCGUCUCAUUAUACGCAUAUCCAGUCGCAUUUGGGUGAUGUGACAAUGGCGUCCGUGCGGAUUCUCGUCAUGCGAAGAAGUCGGGACAGGAAAUCGUUCGAUUUUCUUGGCAGGAUUGAUAAGGAUUUUGAAUGUCGGAAUUUGGAUGAGUCCUAUUUGUUCUUGUUGUACGAAGUUUUGACGGAAAAGACAGCCAAAGAGCCUGUGAAAGAGUUUGUGAUAACACAGCACCUAAGAGUGACUAAGGAGCUGCCGCUGGUAUCUACUUGCAAUAAAUGCGGCAAGAGUGGUAACAGUCUCAAGCGGUGCUUGUGGUGCUACCUCGUCGGAUACUGUGAUAAAACCUGCCAGACAGGUGAUUGGGUUCAGCACAAACCGAAAUGCUCCAACAACCAUGGCCCGUCGAUUGGGUGGCCAUUUGUGUUUGCGAUGCGCGAAUCUCAGCUGAAAGCCACCGCUUUCUACGUCCAGGUGGCCAAAAUGGCGUCACGGUAUGUCCAUUAUGCGCGUUAUCUCAAAGCUAGUAAACGCGAAGCUUGCCACUCGCCAUCGUCCGAUAUGAGCAUCAGUCCGGAUAGCCUGCUCGAGACCGAACGAGAACGAUCAGUCAGCGUGGAUUCCACGACGAGUGGUGCUUUAGACGCUGUCCGACCGGCGUCAUCGGAUGUAGAUUCGGGAAUCGGCUCGUCGUGCUCGACAAGGGCUCUUGAGGACGUGGAAGUGUGGGAGUUCCGGAAGAGCAUUGAGAAGAGCCUAAGCGGCUUCGAUCCCAAACAUUUCCCCUUCGUCUUGGUGCCAUUGGAAAAAGGCCUUGAUGAUCCAUGGAAUAUUUACCCUCGAGAUUCGCUUAUGAAAGAUACCAACGGCGUCGAAGAACAAAUCCGUAAACACUCCCUCUUUGUGUUACUAUGGAAUAAUCGACCGGACGAUCGCAUGACAUUCUGCGAGACCAGAGAAUUGGAUCGUUUCAUACAAAGCGAUGAAUCGUGCUUGACGCUGAAGAAGCAAGAUGAGCGUCGAUCCUUCACCCAACAAAACUAUGAAGAAAGUCUGGAGCACUGCAUUGAACUGUUAACACAACCGGAAGUGCUGUCCAAACACAAUGCUUGGCUGUGUCCAACCUGUAAACAACCGCGACAGGCUUCCAAGCAGUUCGAGAUCUGGAGUUUGCCGACCGUUUUGGUCUUUCAGUUGAAACGUUUCUGCAAACCGACGGGAGAGAUGUUUCGCCGAGACAAGAUCGACACUAUGAUAAAAUACCCGCUCAAUGGGUUGGAUAUGUCGAAAUUCUUAGUUGGUCCCGGUGAUGGUGGACAGUAUUUGUACGAUCUAUAUGGUGUGGUACACCAUCGGGGCUCGACAUGGUACGGGCAUUAUUACGGUCACACCCGCUGCUACCAUGUUCCCGAUACCCUCCAGGAUGAGGUGGGAUGGCGGUGUUUUGACGAUGAGAGUGUGGAGCUGUUGAGUGAUCAGCAGUUGGAGCGGAUUGUUGAUCGCGGAGCCUAUCUGCUGUUUUAUCGCCGACGAAAUACCGAUAAUCCCAUAAUGCUACCGACGAAAGGCACUGACGAGGAGGACGAGGAGGAGGACUCCCUGCUGCUGGAUGAGCAUGAAGAGGGCGGCGAGAGUAUGGCCUGGAGAGGCUCCUUGCAAGGUUCCCUCGUUCCCCGCCUGGUGGCCUUUGCAGUACGCCCUGCCCGCCGUCUCCGCUCCCUGUAUCGAUCCCAUUGUACGAUCACUUAAAAUUACCUCAAGACAUUUUUUGUUUUACGGACGAUUUCUGGUCAGAGGAUCAUCCAGUUCAGAGGUGACGUCCUCUUGUUGCUUUUUGAUAUUUCUUUUAGUACGUUGACAAUACUUACUGGAUGUUGUUGCUGGUUUCCUGAUUUGAAGUUAUUUGUACGACGCUUGACCGUGCUUUUCAUUCGUUGUCGUGAUAUUGUCAAACUUCUGAACUCUGCAUGGAUGGCUUUAUAAAAGCAGUUUUAAAUAUUCUUGAUGCGAUAUUAAAGAGAAUUGUUAUCCGUUGACCGCUACCUAGUAUUA